UUGACGACGACUGGACUGCCAUUGCGCCUGCGCAGGGAGCCCAAGGCUAGAGCCGCUAGGCUGCCCUGCCCGAAGGGCUCAACUGUCAGUGAGCCUGCGCAGGAGGCUAAUAGGCUGCCAAUACUGCUUGGACUCCCCGCCAGGGCCCUGCUGUCAGUGCGCCUGCGCGCGGGCCAGGCGCCGAGGUUCUUGAUUUUGCUGUGCUGGACGCCGGGUGUAGCCAUGCAGCAAGCCGACUCCGACCAGCCCUCCAAGCGGCUCCGUUUCGAUGACAGCCCAAGAACCCCCUCAAGCACCCCUUCCGCAGAGGCAGACUGGUCCCCGGGCCUGGAACUCCAUCCCGACUACAAGACAUGGGGUCCGGAGCAGGUGUGCUUCUUCCUCAGGCGCGGUGGCUUUGGAGAGCCGGCGCUGCUGAAGAACAUCCGAGAAAACAAAAUCACAGGCGCAUUACUGCCCUGUCUUGAUGAGUCUCAUUUUGAAAAUCUUGGAGUAAGUUCCUUGGGGGAGAGGAAGAAGCUGCUUAGUUAUAUCCAGCGACUGGGUCAAAUCCACGUUGAUACAAUGAAGGUUAUUAAUGAUCCUAUCCAUGGCCACAUUGAGCUCCACCCUCUCCUCGUGGGAAUCAUUGGCACACCUCAAUUUCAACGUCUUCGAUACAUCAAACAGCUGGGAGGUGGUUACUAUGUUUUUCCAGGAGCUUCACACAAUCGAUUUGAGCAUAGUCUAGGGGUGGGGUAUCUAGCAGGAUGUCUAGUUCGCGCCCUGGGUGAAAAACAACCAGAGCUGCAGAUAAGUGAACGAGAUAUUCUCUGUGUUCAGAUUGCUGGACUUUGUCAUGAUCUCGGUCAUGGGCCAUUUUCUCAUAUGUUUGAUGGACGAUUUAUUCCACUUGCUCGCCCGGAGGUGAAAUGGACACAUGAACAAGGCUCAGUUAUGAUGUUUGAGCACCUUAUUAAUUCUAAUGGAAUCAAGCCUGUCAUGGAACACUAUGGUCUCAUCCCUGAAGAAGAUAUUUGCUUUAUCAAGGAACAAAUUGUAGGACCACUUGAAUCACCUGUCAAAGGUGUUUUGGUAAGUUUCUGUACAACUUAAUUUUAACUGACUGGUGCUUUUCAU